CUGCGCAUGCGCCGCGGUCCCGCGCAGGCGCGGCGCGCGGGGUGCGGGCGGCGGCGAUGGGCGGGCGGCUGGCCCGCGUGUUUCGCGCUUUCAACGUGGAGAGCCGGGCCCGCCGCGAGAUCAGCCGGGAGAAGCCCAGGCCCGCGCCGCGGCACCGCACCUCCCGGCUGGAUCAGCUGCCCGACCACCCCGAGAUAAAAGAAGAAAUUUACCGCAAGGACGAUAGGCUCCUCACCUUGUUAAAAGAUGUUUAUGUCCAGUCCAGAGAUCUACCUGUGCGGGUAAAAGAUGGAGGUGGUGAACAUCUUCCAUGUAAACAGGAGGAAAAGAGACUUACAAAACUGGGCGACUUGGGAGAUGUAGAUGUUAAGAAAGUUCCCAAAGGCAAAAUUUCCAUUGUGGAGGCUCUUAUACUUCUUAAUAAUCAUAAACUUAAUCCUCAAAUAUGGACUGCAGAGAAAAUAGCAGUGGAAUACAGUCUGGAACCGAAGGAUGUCAACUCUCUUCUGGAAUUCUUCAUUCCUUUCACUGUGCAGGAAUUUCCUAAAGAAACCAAAAAAGCUAUAAAGUCAACAUAAACAUAAUUACCAAAACCUUGUGUGAUCUCACUCGUGUCUUAAUUUUACUCUUGAGUAUAUUCAGUGUCUGGAAAGAGUUGGUAACGUGUCAUCUAACAAGGCUGCUUUCUUCUACCAGUGAAGAUGCAUUCAAGUAAUUCCAUUCUAUAUUGGAUGGCUUUAUUUAAAUGCAGCAAUUAUAGGAUACAAUUUGUAAACCAGAAUAUAACUAAUAAGUUGUAUGAGAGCACGUCACACUGAUUAUCCCAUUUGUACGUUACAAGUUCAGUUAAAGCACCCAAGUUCACUGAGAACUUUACCUUAACAGAUUGUCUUUCUUAGCAGAGACUUCCUGGCGUUCAGCUAAAUCAGUGCUCUGAGUGUACUAGCUCUGUCGUUUCAUGUUAGUGUUCUUUCAAGGACUUGCUGUCAAGGUCUGUGUAUACACAAACAGCUGUAUUUCUUUUGUAUAAGAAUGGAAUAGUAUUUAUGCUUUGUAAAGGCGGCUAACUACAAGAUCAUUUGGGAAAUUAAGCUGUGUCAAACUUAAAAGAUGACCACUUUCUGAUGCUGGGACAGUAGCAGCUGAUGUGUAGCUCCUUUUCCACUUUGUUCUGAUUUAGCUUAAAUAGCUGCACCUUCCCAGGUAGUGUUUGUCAGUCAAUGAAUUUGUAGAGUGAUCUGCUAGCAUCAGUCUCCUGCAACAGUCCCUGGCACCUACUGUGUGAGAAAUAAUGCUCGUAAUUAAUAGGUAACUAUGAAAUGCAACUGGGUCUACUAAUUGGACCAACUAGUUGGUCUUGUGUAAAUGUCUGCCUGUCCUGUUACAAUAGCCCUUUUUCCCUUUGGAGGCCUUGCCUGACUUAUGCAAACGUCAGGUCAUGCUCGCUCACAGUAAGUUACUCACAUGCUACCAGAUUGAAGAUGAACAUCAUCCUUUCCAGAUGUUAGUAAAGAAUGAUGCAAAGUGUGAGGUGGUAACAGGUUGUUACCUCAUUGAGGAGGGGAGAUAAUCAGAAUUGAUAUUUAAAAAUGCAUUAUGGUCACCUUCAUUCAAAAGAAACAAACCCCAAAUUUAUGCAGCACUAACAUUCCUAGUGCCCAUCACCAAAGAAGUAUUAAGAGGUUGGGAGUUAGUACCAGGCAUAGAAUGUAACUUUCUUUUACAGAAUUUUUCUGCCAGGUCUUAGAUUUCAGAGUCUGGUAAAUAUCUUACCAAGAAGAUGAUCAGCUUGCUAUUUCACAGCAAGAUUCCACUUCUCUCUGAGAUGGAACAAGGUAUUUACACUAGUUUGCUACAGUGUAUUCAACGUUUUGCUUGAUUUUGCAUUCUGAAGUACAUAAUGGUGUACCUUGGAGCAUGACACCUAAGUGCAUUGUAUGAAAAUGUGAAAUUGUUAGUUUUUGGAUGUAUGGAUUGGGGAUAAGCCUGUCGUUGUUCCUGUAAUGUAAUGGGGACAGAGCUGCGCUCUGAAACUAAUGCAUCUGAGUUACGUGUCACAAUAAGAUUUUUCUUUGUUUUUCACAAAAUACUCUGCUUCAUAGAAUGCUGUAAAAGAAAUACUUUACUGUUCAAGUGCUGUGCGUCCUAAUGUAAUAUUUAAGGUAAUAUUCAGAAAACAGCUGUGGAAUGCAUUUGGUACAGAUUGUGUUGUUAUUAAUGGAAAUAUGAUUUCCUUCUUUAAAAAUGAA